CUCAGUUGCUUGGCAAACGUUGACCCAAGCGGACGCGCAACCGGUUGAUGCAUCGCGCCAGAACAAGCCAAAGAAGAAGGGCAGACAGCAGGAGCAGAGGCCCCAACUGAAGGGAGGGCUGCAGCUGGUUUUCGCACAGAACUUAAGAGAACGGGUCGGGGCAGGCAGACAGCCGAGGAGCAGGAGAAGGAAGCAGUAGCUGGUUGUCAUAACAACCAGAAGGAAAGGGCAGGCAGACCGCAGACAGCAGACAGCCGACAGUGGAAACCGAUUGCGUAUGUACAUGCGGAGGCUCGUCGUUGCCUGUCAGCGACAAGAGCUAGUGACAGUGAAAAGAAAUUGCUGAAUUUUGAAAACAUUUACAGUCUAUGAGAGCGGGAGACCUAGUGGUUGGCAGGUGAUAAUCGAUAGGGGAAUCAAUAGCAAGCACGUUGCUGGCAAAUGUUCAAUGCAGAGAGCGGACAUUCGUCCGGCAACUGAUAACUGAGGUGUGGGGAAACAUAGCGAACAUAGGCACCGAAAACACGCUCAGAAGUCGCCGGCUGACGCGUCCUCCCAGAGAGGUGGCUGCAAGCCACAGACACAAAGACACGCACACGGCAGCGACACGAGACACAGCAGGGAGUAACGUCGCUGGGUGAAGUCGUCAUCGAAAGAAGCUUAUGAAAUUGAUACUGAAGCGAGCCCAUGAUUGAAAUGCGCGGAAGUUUCCACUUGUCGUUACAAUUCGAGUGUAGCAAGCAGCAGCAGCAGCAGCAGCAGCAGCAGUCAAAGUAUCAGAACAGAGUGGAGCAGCAGCAGCAGCAGUAGUCGACGACGUUGACUCCACGGUUCGUUUAGAAACAUUAAUUGAUUGGCGGCGUGCGCGCAAAGUGCUAAAACAGACAUCGAAGGAACCCAAGGAACGAACAGACAUACACGCAGACACCUCCACCAUGAAGGACCUUGGGGAGGCAACGUUUCGUAGUCCUGUCAUCUGCAAAGACAUGGAUCACACCAAGGAAAAGGAGAAAUGCAAAAAGCCACUGGGCGAGAGCCAUCGAGCCGUUUUGCGACAGAAACUGAUGGUCUUUCUGGGCAACAGCGGCGUCCUCGGCUCGGGCAUGGUCAUCAGCAUGCCCUCGGUGACGCUCACCCAGCUGCACGACGAGAGCCAGCCCUUCUGGCUGAACAAGGACGAGUCCAGCUGGUUCGCUUCCAUCAACAAUAUGGCCUGUCCCUUGGGCGGGCUGCUGGUCAGCUACUUCAUGGAUCGCAUUGGACGCAAGUACACCAUUCUGCUGACCAAUCUGUUGGGGCUGCUUGGCUGGCUGCUGCUGGCCACAAGUUUCCUGCACUCUGACCGCGACUUGAUCUAUGCCCAGAUGCUGGUGGGUCGAGCCCUGGGCGGCAUAAUGAUUGGCAUGUUCGUGUCCCCGGUGGGCGUUUACUCCGCCGAGAUCAGCCUGCCACGCAUCCGUGGCAGACUUAUAUUGGGCACCUCCAUUGGCCUGGCUGGCGGCAUUCUGCUGAUGUAUCUGCUGGGCUACUUUAUACGCAGCAACAUUGUUCUCAUUUCGACGAUUAGCUGCUGCUACCAGCUGGCGGCCACCAUUCUCGUCUUUCCCAUGCCGGAGUCACCCAGCUGGCUGCUGACGAAGGGACGCGACGAGAGGGCUAGGAAAUCCCUGAGAUAUUUCCGGGGUCUACCAAAGAAAGAGGAUGACUAUGUGCCAGAGUUCGAGGACGAGUUGGCGCAUAUGAAGGCGACUGCUGAGAAUAGCCGGAACACGGCAGCCAGCGAGUCGCUCAGUCAGGUCAUUCGGCGGCCGGAGGUGUACAAACCCGUGCUGAUGAUGACCGCCUUCUUUGGCUUCCAGCAGGCAUGCGGCGUGGUGGUCAUCAUCGUUUAUGCCGUGCAGAUUGCCCAGAGGGCAGGCGUCUCCAUUGAUCCUGUGCUGGUGGCCGUCAUGCUGGGCGUUGCCCGCAUCAUCAUGACCUUCUUCAUGAGCACAAUCUUCGAGAAGUGGGGCCGCAAGCCGUCCGGCAUAUUCUCCGCCUCGGGCAUGGGCCUGUGCAUGCUGCUGCUGGCCGCCGGCGGCUGGUGGCCCGACACGGUGGGCACCUGGCAUUGGCUGCCCGUGGUGUGCAUCGUCGCACACAUUGUGUUCUCCACAAUGGGCAUGCUGACGCUGCCGUUCUUCAUGAUCUCCGAGGUGUUCCCGCAGCGGGCGCGCGGCAGUGCCUCCGGCAUUGCCGUCUUCUUUGGCAUGAUCCUCGCGUUCAUUAUGCUGAAAAUCUAUCCGAACAUGGAGGCCGCCAUGGGCACUGCCAAUCUGUUUGCCUUUUAUGCGUUCAUCUCGUUCCUGGCGGCCGGCUUCAUUGGCUUCUUUGUGCCAGAGACGCGAGGACGCACCCUGGAGGAGCUGGAGGAGCACUGGCGGACGGGCAAGUACACCCGCCGACUCACUCUCAACAACCUCAAGGAGGUGGAGCUGCACGAGCGCUUCCUGCAGAAGUACUAGUUGCAUAUGUGAAAUCUAUCAGUGUGGAGUAUUCAAUCUGUGAUGUGUCCAAGUACUUAGCCUUGGCGGCAAUGGAAUGCGGCCCAAACGAAUCAAUCGGGGAAAACACAAACCAUUUACAAAAACCGAUAUCAAUAUCAAUAAACAGAGAAACGGAGAAACCGAGAAACAACAAA